CAAUGUAAAUAAAAGCAGUUUCUCAUCGGGGUGUUGUAGAUGUCGGACAAAAGCGAUGGAAAGAUGGCGGCGGCCCUGGUCCAAAUGACAUGUACGUACAGAGGAAUGAUAGCCGUCAAGGCAACCGGUAUCAGGCCGCUGAUUCCUGGCGUGGUCACCCCGAGGUUCCGAGCCUUCUCGGUGCGGAAAGAAGAAAACUUGGAGGAGAAUCCUUUCUACCGGAAGUACCAGGACAAGAUUCAGAACAUGCGCAGUUCCAACCCUCAAGAGAUGAAAGCUCGGCUGGAAAAACGUCACGAGGCAAAGAAGGAAGUGCUGGGACACUCCAAGCAAGCAGAGUUUGUGAGGCUGAUGGAAGAGGAGUUUGAGAAGCGGAACAAGACGGCAGCCAGUGGUGGAACAUCAGGGGGGUUCACUAAAAACAAGAUGCUGGGAUCCAUCCUCAAUCUGGAGAUGAUCCAGGACAAGACGGGUGAGGAGAUUUCCAAGCUUUGGAUGACGUAUUACGCCGCCAAGGACACGAUCAGCGCCGUCAUCCCAAGCCAGACGUACGAUGUGAUUCACACCCGAGCAAAAUCCUGCCCCAUGUUCCUGUUUGCGUUGCCGCAGACGGAGGGCUACGAGUUCUUUGUGGGUCAGUGGUCCGGCCAUGAGCUCCAUUUCACGUCACUCAUCAACAUCCAGACGUUGGGUGAGAACGCUCCCAGCCAGCUGAUCCUGUACCACUACCCAGACUUGAAGGAGGACAAGGGAAUCGUGCUCAUGACUGCGGAGUUGGAUCCCAAGUUUAUUACGGUCCACCAGGCCCAGUGCUUGGCCAAUCAGGUGCAGCUCUUCUACGGCACGCAGAGGCAGGAGACGCACCGAUUGGUGGAGACCUUCAACCACCACCCCGCCGAGUUUAAACACAUGUCUGUGAUAGCCGAGCUGGAACAGAGCGGCAUCAGCCCCGCGUUCACGCCCGCCUCCAAAUAGAACAAGCUGACGAGGUGGACCGAGGUGAACCGCGGCAUCGUGUGACGUUCAGGUACUGCAAGAAAAAAAACACGUUUGUUCUCAGACUUAUUUGAAGCGCCGUGCUGAAGGAGCACCGUCACGCCUUUUCUCAGACAGCUCGGGGAUACGAUUGGACUCGUGGGUUAGAGCCCUCCAGACAUGACAUAACACCCCUAUAGUCACCUUUUGAGCUCAUAUUACCCAAUAUAGCCGACAUGCUAACAGAAAAUAUGCGGUUUUAGACACAAGACUCGUACCUGUGUGUUGCUGCAGAUGUGUUCCGGCAUCGGACAGGAAGUGACGUUGAGUUUUAGCUCGGCGUGGCUUACACCCGCAACAACAUUGUUUCGGGCAAUCAAGUCUGGUGCUUGUGUGUCUCAAGCCAAGGGACUAACCCUAACCCUACUACAUGUCAUGACAACAUCUUUGAAUUUUAUGCAUGUGAUUGAAUUGUGUAGUUUUUUUGUUUUUUUUUACUACCAUAACAUAAAGUGUAUAAAAACACAGCAAAAUGUGGAGAAAGUGAAGCACUUUUAUUGGACGAUACAAGAAAACAUCCAAGAGGGGAUGGAUGUGAACAUUUCACAGUUUCAAAAAUAUGCAAAAGUAAAAAUAAUUUUCAGCGAACAACUUGUCCCCUCGGCAUCCUAUGAUUAUUGUUACCAUCAUUUCACAAGUACUUGUGUACUAGUACUAGUACUAGGCUUGACUCAACUCAACUGAAGCAAAUCGGGUUUUUUUUUCCUCUCCUAAUGCAAACAUUAAAAUAAAACGUGUUUGCAAUAUUAUGGUUCUAAAGCAGGGGUCUCAAACAUGCGGGCCAAAUGUGGCCCCCCCGCCUUGAUAUGAAAGUUUAAUGUUAGUGCGGCUCGCACAAGUUUUGAUAUGAAUGCUGUAUGGUAUCAUGUACCCAGAAAAAAUUAUUACAUUUGAUUAAUGUUCAUGUUAAAGGUUAAAUAACUGUUAAUAGUUAUCCUCCCUAUCCGUGUGGAAGUGGUAUGUUUUUGGCUAUUUAAGUUGAAAGGAAAUAACUUGAAGGCUACCGUUUAGGUCGCUAGCUCUCUAGUUUGCGAGUUAGCAUGUGUCUCAAGACCCUGCAGUUGCGCAAUAUGUUGUACAGUGAAGAAAAUAAGUAUUUGAACACCCUGCUAUUUUGCUAUUUCUCCCACUUAGAAAUCAUGGAGGGGUCUGAAAUUUUCAUCGUAGGUGCAUGUCCACUGUGAGAGAGAUAAACUAAAAAGAAAAAUCCAGAAAUCACAAUGCAUGAUUUUUUUAACAAUUUAUUUGUGUGAUACAGCUGCAAAUAAGUAUUUGAACACCUGUGUAUCAUCUAGAAUUCUGACCCUGAAAGACCUGUUAGUCUGCCCAUUAGAAGUCCACCUGCACUCCAUGUAUCAUCCUGAAUCAGAUGCACCUGUUUGAGGUCGUUAGCUGCAUAAAGACACCUGUCCACCCCAUACAAUCAGUAAGACUUUAACUUGUAACAUGGCGAAGACCAAAGAGCUGUCCAAAGACACCAGAGACAAAAUUGUACACCUCCACAAGGCUGGAAAGGGCUACGGAGCAAUUACCAAGCAGCUUGGUGAAAAAAGGUCCACUGUUGGAGCUAUCAUUAGAAAAUGGAAGAAGCUAAACAUGACGGUCAAUCUCAAUCGGAGUGGAGCCCCAUGCAAGAUAUCACCUCGUGGGGUCUCAAUGAUUCUAAGAAAGGUGAGGAAUCAGCCCAGAACUACACGACAGGACUUGGUCAAUGACCUGAAAAGAGCUGGGACCACCGUUUCCAAGGUUACUGUAGGUAAUACACUAAGACGUCAUGAUGUGAAAUCAUGCAUGGCACGAAAGGUUCCCCUGCUUAAACCAGCACAUGUCAAGGCCCGUCUUAAGUUUGCAUAUGACCAUUUGGAUGAUACAGAGGAGUCAUGGGAGAAAGUUUGAUGGUCAGAUGAGACCAAAAUAGAACUUUUUGGUCAUAAUUCCAAUAAGCGUGUUUGGAGGAAGAAGAAUGAAGAGUACAAUCCGAAGAACACCAUCCCUACUGUGAAGCAUGGGGGUGGUAGCAUCAUGCUUUGGGGGUGUUUUUCUGCACAUGGGACAGGACGAGUGCACUGCAUUAAAGAGAGGAUGACUGGGGCCGUGUAUUGUGAGAUUUUGGGGAACAACCUCCUUCCCUCUGUCAGAGCAUUGAAGAUGGGUCGUGGCUGGGUCUUCCAACACGACAACGACCCGAAGCACACAGCCAGGAAAACCAAGGAGUGGCUCCGUAAGAAGCAUAUCAAGGUUCUAGCAUGGCCCAGCCAGUCUCCAGACCUGAACCCAAUCGAAAAUCUUUGGAGGGAGCUCAAACUCCGUGUUUCUCAGCGACAGCCCAGAAACCUGACUGAUCUAGAGAAGAUCUGUGUGGAGGAGUGGGCCAAGAUCCCUCCUGCAGUGUGUGCAAACCUGGUGAAAAACUACAGGAAACGUUUGACCUCUGUAAUAGCAAACAAAGGCUACUGUACCAAAUAUUAACAUUCAUUUUCUCAGGUGUUCAAAUACUUAUUUGCAGCUGUAUCACACAAAUAAAUUGUUAAAAAAAUCAUGCAUUGUGAUUUCUGGAUUUUUCUUUUUAGUUUA